AUGGGCCACUCAAUCCACAACGUUGACAUCAGCAAACCCCUCACCCACACGACGCCAUACACGCUGUCUGCCAUCUGCCCUGUACAGUGCAAACCGGGAUUCAUCCUUGAAGAGAACACCUCUCCAAAGUGCCAGAUGCCAUCGAAUAGGUUCUUUCCUUUGACAGGCACUGUAAUUUUUUACAGACUACGAAGAGUGAAGAUUGGUUGCAGAAAAGCAAUGCCCAUUACACAAGAAGUGAUGGGUGAAAAUCACCCCAGCUUCUUUCAGGAGCUUCUUCCAUCGGCUGAUCGUACGGCUUUGCUCUACAAUCUCUCCUAUCUCUGUUUGGCUAAGUUCCCCAAGUUGGAGAGGGUUCUCAAAGAGUGUGCUGUUGAAACCCAGUAUCUUUUUGGCUCCUCUGAGGCUCUUCUGCAGAAGUGUGUGGACACAAGUAACCAAAUGGUUUCCUCACUGUUUCCUCAACUGAAACUCGCUGUUGAAAAUAAUGAAAACAUUCAGUCAACCAUGUCUUUGCAAAAAGCAGGAGAAUGGAUCACAGAAAUUGUUAACAGAGUGAAAGAGAUGGUGGACAGAUAUGAGAAACACAACCACAGUGUGGCUUCCUGCACCAGUGAUGUGUUUCAGGAAAAGGCUGAGACAGACAAAAAAAUGCACAAACUACUAAGGAGAUAGAGGCUCUGGAGAAGGUGGUGAGAAAUCUUCAGAUGGAACUGAGGAAAACCUUAGUGGAAAUUGGACAAAUUGAGGCAAAGAUAAACCGAUGUCAUGGCAGAUUUGCUUGUAGAAGAAUGUUUGGUUUCAGUUUCCUGUCUGUCGUUGUAUCAUUUGUUGGAUCCGUUCUUAAAUCCAUUUUUGAAACCAGACCUGCAAGAAACCAGGCUCUCGCCAAUGAAAAAGCUCAACUCUUUGCUCAGAAGUCAAACCUGAAAAGCCGGGAGCACAAUAUCCAAGUCAGGCUGAAUGAUGUUCAGCUGAAAUUGGCAAACAUGAAGACGGAAAAGGGUUCAAUACCUGACACUGUCUAUCUGAAUGAUGUCCUGAAGUACCUUUAUGAAAUCCAAGAAACUCUGCUCAAGCAUAACUUGUUCUGGAAAUCAGUUCUAGUAUUUCUGGAAUCUCUCAAAAGCGAGACAUUUGCUAAUGAACACUUAAUUGAGGAGAAUGAACUGAAGGAGAUUGUUCUGACGAAUAUUGAUUUAGCACAAGAGCACUGGAAGGCCUUUGGAGAAUCCUGUCUGACGGCAAAGAGGGCUUUUAGCUUGCAGAAUAAGGAUGCGUACAAGUUCCUGGAGUUCAACCCAUCUUCACUGUCACCAGAGGAAUGGAAAAGGCGGUAUGACAUUGUCAAAGCAGAUCUGACCAAAAUAGGUACUGCCAUUUGUGCACCUUAGUAAAUGAUGGUUGCCAUUAAAGGAUUAGUUCACUUUCAAAUAAAAAUUUUCCUAAUAAUUUACUCACCCCCAUGUCAU